CUGCAAUGGUUAACGCGCACUCACUCUUCCCCCAUCUGAUUCGCCACUCAGCGAGAUUUGCAGGCUUAGAAGGUCCAAAAAUGUCGACACUCUUCAAGAUUAAUUAUGACAAUUAAGAAAACGCUCUCUUCUCUCCAAAAAGUUCUUUCUCUGUCUGUCUGGGAAUUCAGGUGAAUUAUACAUUUGAUUUUCGACUUCUUCCCACAAGAAGUUUCAGAAUCUCAUGUUUCUGGCUCAGAUUUGAUUGAGAACGCGUAAGUUCCGUUCGAAUCAGCUUGAAAUGUUUGAGAGAGACGUUUACAGAGAGAAGCCAUUGCAAUAGCGAAGAUUCACUAGUGGGUUUUUUUGCUUCAAUCCCCUCCCCUUCUCUCUUAGGGAAACUUGUUUAUUGGAGCUUGAAGGAAGUUCUAUUGGGAUAAGAUUACUGUCUCUGAUGCUCGAUUCAAGUUUCUGAUUCUCUGCAUGUGUAAAUCUUGAGGGGUCCUCUACCAUUUCGUGGAGGAUCCCAGAAAUUGCAUAUUCUUGGGUAGUGCAUUUUCCAAGUGUAUCAAGUGUUGUACAAUCCUACACUGUGUGUUGACUUUAUACUGUGGCCCUGUGGGAUAAUAUAAUACCUGAAGUCGAGGAUCAUAUUGGGCUCUGUUGGUGCUGACCAGAGUUAGAUUUAUUAGUUGGUUUGGGGAUUUACCGAAAUUUUAGGCACUUGAGAUUGAACUGUUGUUCUAGUGAAGAUGUUUGCUUCUGCUUCAGAUGCUCCUCAUAAUAGUAGUGGGGCGACCAGACAAUUAUUAAUACCAACAAGAUUUGUAUGGCCUUAUGGAGGCAGAAGGGUAUUUCUAACUGGUUCUUUCACCAGGUGGGUGGAUCAUAUACCAAUGUCUCCUGUAGAGGGCUGUCCUUCUGUCUUUCAGGUCGUUCGGAACUUAGCACACGGACAUCAUCAGUAUAAAUUUUUCGUGGAUGGAGAAUGGCGCCAUGAUGAGCAUCAACCUUUUGAAAGUGGAAAUUAUGGUGUUGUUAACACUAUCUUCUUAGGUAUGGAGCUUGAAACAAGUCCUACACCUAACAGAUCUAAUAUGGAAGUGGAUGUUGAUACAGUUGUUCAAUUGAAUGAUGCCCCUAAGCUAUCAGUGAGUGACAUUGAGAUUUCUCGCCAUCGUAUAUCUGCAUUUCUAUCUACACAUACAACAUAUGAGUUGCUUCCAGAAUCGGGCAAGGUCAUUGUUUUGGAUGUGAGUCUACCUGUGAAACAAGCAUUUCAUAUCCUUUAUGAACAGGGUAUUUCCAUGGCCCCUCUAUGGGAUGUUUUCAAGGGUCAGUUUGUUGGAGUUCUUAGUGCAUCUGACUUCAUUUUAAUUCUACAAGAGCUCGGACAUCAUGGAUCAAAUUUGACAGAGGAAGAACUUGAAACGCAUACUAUAUCAGCUUGGAAAGAUGGAAAAAUAUAUCUUAACCGGCAAUUUGAUGGUAUCAGCAGACCAUCUCCAAGAGGUCUUGUACAUGCCGGUCCUUAUGAUUCUCUAAGAGACGUUGCUUUGAAAAUUCUGCAAAAUAAAGUUGCCACAGUUCCCAUUAUCCACUCUUCUUCACCAGAUGGCUCAAGUCCACAGCUUCUACAUCUUUCUACUCUCUCGGGAAUUUUGAAAUGCAUUUGCAGGUACUUCAGACAUUCAUCUAGCUCUUUGCCAAUUCUUCAACAGCCAAUCUCUUCACUUCCCAUAUGUACAUGGGUCCCAAAAAUUGGGGAAUCUGGUGGCCGGCCAUUUGCUAUGUUAAGACCGAAUGCUUCUCUUGGGGCUGCUUUAUCUUUAUUAGUUCAAGCUGAAGUUAGCUCGAUACCUAUAGUGGAUGAGAAUGACUCCUUACUCGAUAUUUAUUGUCGAAGUGAUAUUACAGCUCUGGCGAAAAAUAGAGCUUAUGCUCAAAUUCGUCUUGACGAAAUGAGUAUUAAUCAGGCAUUGCAACUGGGACAAGAUGCAAGUUUACCUAAUGGUUAUUUUGGAGGGCAGAGAUGUCAUAUGUGUUUGAGAUCCGAUCCAUUACACAAAGUGAUAGAAAGGCUUGCAAAUCCUGGCGUGCAAAGACUCGUGGUUGUGGAAGCGGGAAGCAAACGCAUUGAAGGCAUUGUCUCACUAAGUGAUGUUUUCAAGUUCCUGCUCCUCGGAUAGAGGUUAACUGAAAUCAACCUUCUUUGUGAGGACUGUUUUAAUUGUUUGUUCUUCUUCACCUUUCCAAAGACCCCCAUCAUUCCAUUCCGAAUCCUAGUGUUAGGAAAAAUCUGUAAAUUUGGGAACACGGUUUUCAUUUGUUAUUGUGCGUUUUUUUAACCACCAUAUCAUCUAUGCCAAUGCUCUUCUAGGUAUGGCCGCCCAUGGCUUUUGUCUAAUUGCUGCGGUGGCUGGCCAUGCCCAUGGAAGAUGUAAGGCUGUUCAUGACUCACAUUUACUCAACUAUUUACCUUUAUCAUUUUUUAGUCACAAUCACUUUUAUUUCGGAUA